CGUCCGUGACCGACACAUCUCUAGUCCCAUCACAGUGUUGUUGGUGUUGUUUGGACUGACUUCACAUCCUCUCACCGAGUCCGACAUCCGUAUUUACGGAGAGAUGGCGGCGCAGACAGACCGCGGUGUCCCGCUCAGUACGCUUUGUCCCAAGUAUCUUCAUACAAAUUCCACCAGCCACACCUGGCCCUUCGGCGCCAUAGCUGAGCUCAUAGACAAUGCCUACGAUCCAGAUGUCAGUGCCAAACAUUUCUGGAUUGACAAGAUUGUGGUCAAAGAACAAGAUUGCCUCAGCUUUAUGGAUAAUGGAAAUGGGCUGGACCUUGAAACAAUGCAUAAGAUGCUCAGCUUCGGCUACAGUGACAAGGUUCCUGUGAAGAGUGUAAAGCCAAUCGGUAUGUAUGGCAACGGUUUCAAGUCUGGAUCUAUGCGUCUCGGCAAGGACGCCAUCGUGUUUUCAAAGUCAAAGAGUGUGUCAUGCGUUGGGAUGCUCUCUCAGACCUACCUGGAAAAGACUGGUGCUAACCAAAUAAGCGUACCUAUUGUCUGCUUUGAACAGAGAGAGCCAAACAAGUUCAGUGUAAGAGAGGAGCACAAAGCCAGUCUGCAGGACAUCCUAGACCAUUCCCCUUUCAAUACACAGGAAGAAUUGUUCGUUGAGGUCAAUGCCAUCAGUUCCAACCAGUCCACAGGGAAAACUGGCACACGGAUCAUCAUCUGGAAUCUCCGCAGGACAUCUACCGGAUCAACAGAGUAUGAUUUUUCGAAGGACCGUUACGACAUCCAAAUUCCAUCAGAUGUCGAUGACGAGGAAAUGAAUGACACUUCUCAACAUGCAGACAGGGUGACGCCAUACAUCCCGCCGAGUUGUUACUCACUGCGGGCAUAUUGCUGUAUUCUCUACCUGAAGCCUCGGAUGCAGAUCAUCAUACGCGGUCAAAAGGUGAAAUCUGAGCUCAUUGCUAAGAGUCUGGCCUUGGUCAGAAAGGACUCGUACAAGCCCACGUUCUUGCCCAGAAGCAUUCGUAUCAUUUUUGGGUAUAACACCAAAAGUAAAGACCAGUAUGGCAUUAUGAUGUAUCACAAGAAUCGGCUCAUCAAAGCCUACGAGCGUGUGGGCUGCCAGCUUCAGGCAAACAACCAGGGUGUUGGGGUCAUUGGGGUCAUAGAGUGUGACUAUCUGGCACCUACCCACAACAAACAGAGUUUUAAUGAGACAGAUAAGUACAGGAAAACGAUGAACAAUUUGGGGACCAAACUGAAGGAAUACUGGAAUGAAAUGCGCUACAAGAGAAGCAGAGACCAUCCAAACAGCACCACACCAGUGGAAGAUACCAUGAAGCGACCAGAUCAAAACUGGGUGCAGUGCAACGACUGUUCGCAGUGGCGAAAACUCCCUGAUGGGAUUGACUGCGAAAAGCUGCCAGAGAAAUGGUACUGCUGUAUGAACCCUGAUCCUCAGUUCAGAAACUGCCAGGUGGAGGAGGAGCCUGUGGACUCAGAUGAUGAGCAACCUUCAUACCCCAAGCCCUAUAAACAACAAGAAAGGGAAGACAGAAGAAAGAGUCAAGUGAGGGAAAGAGAACAGGCUGAGGCGGCUCGUUUGGCUCUUCUCGCCAAGCCAAAACAGGCCCCUAAACGACUGCAGGUUACUGGCCGUUCCCCCUCCACCCCAACUACCCCAAAGACACGGUUUAACACUGUAUCAACACAAGGGGGUGCUGUGAGGGCUGAAUCCUCACCACUGACACCCGCCCCCCUUUCACAAGCUGCUUGCAGCCCCUCCAGUAGCAGUGGUCUUCCAGUUAUUACUAGUGUAAUCUCAGUGUCACCAGCCCUCCUGAGGGGGAAAAGAACACAGCCUGUUACUUCACAAACAACGCCCAAAAGAUCUAAAAGGAAUGGCGUCCAUCAGGGCUCAGCCACUGAGACCAAGCAAGUUGACUGUCUGAGGCGGGAACUGGAUGAAAGUAACAACGAGAGGGAUGAACUGCGCUCACAGUUGGACAGUCUGGAGGAGGAAAGGGCAAACCUGGAAUCCCAGUGUGAAGAGCUCAGGUUGAGCCUGCAGCAACAGGGGGAAAACGCACAAGAGAGAAGCACAAACACAGCCUCAAAUACAUCCAGAAGUUUGAUUGAGCUGAGGCACAACGUCGGGCGCCUUCUCAUCUCCUACGUGCCUGCUCUGGACCUGGACCAAGUGAAUUAUGAAUGUAAUGUAAUUGAUGAGAUCCUAGAACAGGUUCUCACCAGCGAGGCAGAGGGACAGUACAAUAAAUGAAUAAACAAA